AUGGAAGACUCCCCCCGGGGACUCAACGUAUCGAGGAUCAGGCUGGAUCUAAGAUUCUACUUGCUCCCCAACCAAACGCUGACCCUAAUCAACCUCUGGACCAAGCUCCGCAAAACAGUACACAUGGUCGUCUUGUGUUUUUAUGCACUCAUGGUCUUCGCCAUUCUCUGUGUCGCAGUUCCCCUCUGGCAAGAUUUCAACGCCGAACUCGGAAUGAGUUAUGCCAUCCUGAAUGACGGUUACGCAACCAACAUGGCCACCUUGUCAGUAGGGUGCAUUUUCUUCGUCCCGGUCGCUCUUCGAUUCGGAAGACGUCCAAUAUACCUCCUCACCGCCCUGAUCAUGCUCGCCUCUGCCAUCUGGCAAGCCAAGAUGCAGACGGUCGGCGACAUGAUUGGAAGCAAUGCCAUCUCUGGCUUUGCUGGCGCCGUGAAUGAGGCCAUCUUCCAAGUCACGAUCGCCGACCUCUUCUUCGUUCACCAACGCGCCACUAUGAACGCCAUCUACCUCUGCCUCGUCAUCGCGGGCAACUACCUUGGUCCCGUCGCCGCCGGGUACGUGGCCGUGAACCAGGGCUGGAGAUGGGUAUUCUGGUACUGCACUAUAUUCAUGGCCAUCGUGGCUGUCUUCAUGUUCUUCUUCCUCGAGGAGAGCAAGUACAUACCUAAAAUCGUCGAGGGCCACGAAAUUGUUGCGACAACGUACAACGACCAGGACCAUGACCUCACCAAAGUGAGCAGUAUAUCCAAGGACAGAUUGGGUUCGAUUUCCAUCGACGCGACAGAGGCCGCCAAUAAUCAGCGCCGACGCUUGGUCGACAUCGACACCACUAUCCCAAUGGACUCGUACCUGAGGCGCCAUCGGCUCUGGUCAACUGAGAAGGCAUUCACGACCGGCAACCGGAGCUACUGGAUGCAUUUCUUCCAGCCAUUCCAAAUGCUGUACACUUUCCCAGCUGUGGCAUUCUGUGCACUCCAAUAUGGUUUCCUCAUCGCCAUGUUGGCCAUCCUCGCCGUUACACAGGCUACUCUCUACCCAGCUGCACCAUACCUCUUUUCACCAAUCGGUAUUGGAAACAUGAAUCUUCCCCCAGCGAUUGGCGCUAUCCUGGGAUCCAUCUUUGGUGGCCCUAUAAACGAUUGGUUCAUCGUUCAAGUUGCAAAAAGACGUGGAGGUAUCUAUGAGCCCGAAACUCGUCUUUGGCUCUUUUUGAUCCCCGGGUUCUGUAUGCCCCUGGGCCUUUUUUUGUAUGGCUUGACAAUCGCCAAGGGCAUGCCAUGGGCCAUCAACGCUGUCGGAGCCGGUUUCAUUGGCGCAGCUAUUGGCGGUUGCGGCGACAUGGCUUUGACUUACUGUCAGGAUUGUUACCAAUAUAUUCUCGGUGACGCUCUCACGGGUGUCGUGUUCGUUCGAAACAUCAUUUCCACCGCUCUGGUCUUCGCCAUCACACCUUGGAUGCAGGGUAUGGGGGUGUACAACAUGUUUGUGCUUUUGGGAUGUUUGUCCAUCGCAGUAGCUUUGACUUCUGUCCCUCUCGUGAUCUGGGGUCGGACAUGGCGUGUGAGGUUGGCAGGAAAAUAUGAGCAUUUCGUUGCUAAACAAUACUGA